AGGUCCGCGGACGAAGCGCAACAGGCUGUUCGGAGGGCAGCGGCCGGGCUCGGCUCGGGAUGGACAAGCUGAAGAAGGUGCUGAGCGGGCAGGACACCGAGGACCGGAACGGCCUGUCCGAGGCGGUCGAGGCAUCAUCUUUAAGCUGGGGUACCAGGAUAAAAGGAUUCAUCGCAUGCUUUGCUAUAGGAAUUCUCUGCUCACUGUUGGGAACUUUUCUGCUAUGGGUGCCCGGUAAGGGAAUGUCCCUCUUCGCAGUGUUUUACACCAUGGGUAACAUCGCAUCAAUUGGGAGCACCAUCUUCCUCAUGGGCCCCAUGAAGCAGCUGAAGCGCAUGUUUGAGCCCACGCGUCUGAUUGCGACGAUCCUGGUGCUGUUGUGCUUUGCACUUACCUUAUGUUCUGCCUUUUGGUGGAAAAAAAAGGUUCUUGCGCUCAUCUUCUGCAUUUUACAGUCCUUGGCCUUGACGUGGUAUAGCCUCUCCUUCAUUCCGUUUGCAAGGGACGCUGUGAAGAAGUGUUUCACUGUGUGUCUUGCAUAAUUCACUCCAGUUUUGCAAAGCUCCGAAGGCACCAAGGCUGGCAGCUGGUGGUCGGCUUUGUAAAUACCCUCCCAACCUCUGUCUUACAGACAUGUGCCUUGUAUCUCACACUAGUGUGUUGCCUGCAACUCGAACGUUUGAGGGUUACCUUUCAAGCACAGUAGAUUCCCAAACCCAGUGACUCUAACAUCAGACGAGAGGUGGGUUCUGUGUCUCACGGAGCGGAAUCUUCCUCCCACAGCUGUUUGCUCUUGGGAUGGUGUCCCACUGAAUUCUCAUAAAUAAAACCUUGCUAAACAUCGGCAGCAGAGCCUCAGGAGCCAGUGGCUCCCUGGUGGAAGCAGGCAGCUCCAGAGAUCACAGGGGUGCCACGGUGAGGGACACAGAAUUUUGGGGUCAACGUGGAUUUUCCAUAUUUGUCCCUCAGCCUGGAGGCCACCGCCACUCCCCCACCCAGCGUGGACACGCCUCUGACCUGAUGUUGGAAAACAAGUGAUUCUGCCCACGCCAGGCUAGGAGGAGCCUGGCCAAGGGAUACAGUGGAAAAAACACCUUCUGGUGAUUUUUGUUCUUUUCUAAUCUGGACCUAGGGUCUGCUGCACUUCUGAAACACGCGACUGUGGAAUGUGUUUUCUGAUGUUCAACAGCAGAAACUUUUUCUUGCCCCGUGCCUGCCCACCCAUAUCUUUAUUUGUGACCUUCUGAUGCUAGGUCAAAUGAGAACAAAGUCACAGAAAACACUGCUCCUUGCUUUUGAAUAGAGCCGAAAGGAGGUGAAAAAUCUUGCUGCUUCCUCCUGUACUUUUUUUCUCUUCGUUGUUUAUAAAUACUUGCUUUCAAACUGAUUGUAUUUUCCCUUCUCCCCUGGAGUGGGGCCAGGGGAGAGUGGGCAGGAAGACAGAUCCCUGGUGUGAGAUAGCAGGAAGUGGCUGCCCCUGAACAGUGCCAGCAUUUGACCUCAGGCUGAGCAGGGGACCCUGAGGACACCACUGUGCAAGUGGUCACAUCCUAGCCAGAUGCCUGGCCACACCGUGCAUUUCUGUCCCUCGCCUUCCUUGGCCCCACAAGGCCAACCUCGGAAGCCUAGACUUGUGAGGGGGAAGGGUUGCUACCCUACUGUACAGUCAGAGAAACUGAGGCCCAAGUUGGUCUCCGCAUCCACCAGAGACACAGCUGUGGCUAGGCUGAGCCCGGAGCCCAGGGACUCCAGUUUAGCCUCUGUUGUGACUGCUUCUUGGCAUGUUUCUGGUUGUGCCCGGGUAACCUCUUGGAACUCUUCCUUGUUGCUAUCAGCCUAGCUUGUGCCUUUUCUGGUUCCUGUCUUUAUGUUGCUUGUUCUGUCUCCUACCUGCUUCUGCCUCUACCUCCUUUUUUUGGCAGCUGCUUCCUGGGUCUGCAGAGGGGUCACGGUUCCUCGUGUGCCUCUCUAGCUGCUCCCACGGCUUCUAGCUGUGUAGAGCCGUGGGUUUACAUGCUCCUUGGCCUGGCCUCUUGGCUCUGUGAGCUUGGCAUUGGGAGGUUGCUGCCCUCCAGGGGGGUCCCUGCAGCCCUCUCCCCACAGAGAGCCGGGAGGCUGCACGUCCUGAGCCUGCUUGUUGGCCAUCAGCCAGAAUAGGAACUCACUUCCUCUCCUGCCUCACUGGUUGAAAAGCUUCUUUUGCAGAGUGAGCUCAGGGGAGUCUUUGGUUCUUCUGCUCCUCUGUAUGGCUGCUGCUUAGACCCAGCUCGAGGUGUCUCAUUUCUGGGAGGGUGAGACACGGAGCCUACUUGAGCAUUUUCCUGGUGUGUGGUUAUCUCAGUGCCUGAACAUCUGACCAUCAACCUUGUACGGUGACCUCGAGCAUUAUCUGCCUGACUGCUACUCCCUUCCACCUAAUCACUGUGUGCUGAGAGAACAAGAAGUUAAACCAUGAAAUGCAUUCCAGGUACAAAUAUCUUUGGUACUGCCAUUAGGGUAAUUAACAAGUGGAGGGUACCUUUAAAAAGUGUGGAGAGUUUGGCUGCUUUGGCGGCUGCUUCUGCAACACAAGUGAUGAGAAGUAGUGAACUGGGAAAUUGAAGCACAGUUCUGUCUACAGACUUCUUUUUUGGUGUCAGGGGUUGAAUUCAGGACCUUGCACUUGUGAGGAAGGCAUCGUGCCACUGAGCUAAAUCUCCAGCCCCAGACUUUGUAAUCUACGGGGCAGUGGACACCAGACCUUCUUUAUCUUCUCUUUUGUCAUAGAGCGUCUCACUAGAAUCAGUUGUAGAGUUAGAAAUACUGUAAAAUUCACAGCCUAGUUUAAAAUGUCCAGAAAAUUAAAGAAUAAUCAGUGUUUAAAGGUAUAUUAAGCCAUUUGCUAGAAUUUUUGGCAUACUUUUUAAUAUUUAAACAUCCAGGAUUUUUAAACUAUU